CGGUGAUGUACUGCUCACGCGCAGUGUUGCGCACAGUUUUGUGAUUUUGUUCAUUUUUCUUAAACUUGAUGAUGGCAAAGUUAAUCUUCCUUGGCGGCCUCGCUUUGAUCGGUACAGCAGCAUGGUUCUUCGUCAAAACACAGGUGCCUGGCUCCCCCCCACAAUUGGACCUCAACGAGUGGUGGGGACCAAAGGAGCUUAAAGGCAAAACGGAUACAAGCAUUAAGCCUUUCGAAAUUAGGUUUGCUCAAGAGAUGAUCCGUGACCUAAAAGAACGUCUCAAAAAGCACCGUGAGAUCGUCCCACCUCUCGAGAGCGUUGGAUUCGAAUAUGGCUUCAAUUCAAAACAACUAGAUCCCUGGGUGAAAUAUUGGUCAGAGGAUUACAAGUUCCAGGAGAGGGAGAAAUUCUUAAAUAAAUUUCCGCACUACAAAACAAACAUACAAGGUCUCGACAUACAUUUCAUCAGGGUGAAGCCUCAGGUAUCCGCUGGCGUAACCACUGUACCUCUUCUCCUAAUGCACGGGUGGCCAGGCUCCGUGCGCGAAUUCUAUGAAGCUAUACCCCUGUUAACGAAAAAAGCUGAAGGAUAUGAUUUCGUAUUUGAAGUUAUUGUUCCCAGCUUGCCUGGAUAUGGAUUUUCCGACGCGGCAGUUCGUCCAGGACUUGGAGCUUCACAAAUGGGAGUGAUCUUCAAAAAUCUGAUGAAAAGGCUCGGUCACAAGAAGUAUUACAUCCAGGGUGGGGAUUGGGGUGCUUUAAUCGGCAGUUGCAUGGCCACUAUGUUCGAGGAUGAAGUGUUGGGUUACCAUUCCAAUAUGCUGGUUGUACAGAACGGUUGGUCGACAUUCAAAACUAUAAUCGGAACUUUCGUCCCCUCUCUGGUAGUAGAAUCUCACUUAGCCGACCGAAUGUAUCCUCUGUCGAAAUAUUUUGCUUUCCUCAUGGAGGAGUUUGGUUAUUUGCACCUGCAAUCAACAAAACCUGAUACUAUUGGAGUCAGUCUCUCAGAUUCCCCUGCUGGUCUUCUCACUUACAUAUUGGAGAAGUUCUCAACGUGGACGCGAUUAGAACACCGUUCUCUGGCCGACGGCGGUCUAUCCUACCGAUUCUCUAAGGAUCAACUGAUUGAUAACCUCAUGCUGUACUGGAGCACUAAUUCUAUCACCACUUCCAUGAGACUGUACGCUGAGAAUAUGUCAAACAAGAACCGCGCUUUAGGAAUAGAAGGAUACCCCUCAUCGGUACCGACGUGGGCCCUGCAAGCUAAGAAUGAACUUAUGUACCAGCCCCCUGGCAUUCUCAGUCUGAAGUUCUCGAACCUUCUUGGAGUCACAGUUUUGGAUGACGGCGGACAUUUUAUCGCAUUCGAGCUGCCUGACGUAUUCACUAAGGAUGUCUUCAGAGCUGUGAAGGCUUUCAAGGAGUUCCAUAAAAGGAAGACUGAGUUUCCAUGUUUAUCAGUGUUUUGUAAAAUACGUGUAUGGAACGACAUUAAGAUGGUGUUCCGAGUUCUACUAGCGGUGCUGGUGGUCAUGGUGGUGAUGGUGUUGGUGCCACUGUCUUACUUGCACCUGAGAAGCGUACCACCACUCCCGAAGAUCGUUCUCGACGAGUGGUGGAGCUCGCAGCUAAUGAAGGACAGCUUCAAGGAAGAUAUAAAACCUUUCAAAGUGCAGUUCAGUGAAGUGAUGGUAAGAGACAUCAAAGAAAGGUUGAGAGACCGCUACCGUCUAGCUCCACCCCUAGAAGGCAUCGCGUUUGAGUACGGUUUCAACAGCAAACAACUCGAAACCUGGCUCAAAUACUGGGCUGAGGAGUAUCCUUUCAGUGAACGAGAGAAUUUCUUCAACAAAUAUCCACAGUUCAAGACCAACAUACAGGGAUUGGACAUUCACUUCAUUAGGGUGACGCCAAAUGUUCCACCUGGUGUUGAAGUAGUGCCGUUGCUCCUUCUUCAUGGCUGGCCAGGCUCCGUGCGGGAGUUCUACGAGGCUAUUCCACUGUUGACAUCUGUGAGCAAGGACCGGAACUUCGCCAUCGAAGUCAUUGUCCCCAGCCUGCCAGGGUUUGGAUUCUCAAGCGCAGCUAUCCGACCAGGCCUUGGAGCUGAUAAAAUGGCUGUCGUAUUCAGGAACCUGAUGCACAGACUCGGCUUCAAGAAAUACUAUAUACAAGGAGGCGACUGGGGAGCGUUCAUCACUAAAAACAUGGCAACUUUCUUCCCUGAGGAGAUUCUUGGUUACCACACCAACAUGCCCUUCUCAACGUCACCGCUGUUCACAUUCUACACUCUCCUGGGAACCGUCUUCCCAUCUCUCGUGGUCAGCUCUGACCUGCAGGAUAAGAUGUACCCUCUGUCGAAGGUUUACGGCAACCUGCUAGAAGAGACUGGAUACCUCCAUAUACAGGCCACUAAACCUGAUACCAUCGGUGUGGCUCUAGCAGAUUCGCCGACAGGACUCGCAGCGUACAUCCUCGAGAAGUUCUCAACGGGCACAAACUUACAGCACCGCAGCCGCCCGGACGGAGGGCUCACCCGCCGCUUCACCAAGGACCAGCUACUCGACAACAUUAUGCUCUACUUUGUGACCAAUUCCAUGACCUCAGCCAUGAGACUUUACGCCGAGACAUUCAACUCUAGAUAUUUCAGCAUGAAGCUUGAUGAGAUUCCAUCACCGGUUCCAACGGUGUCAUUACAAGCGAAGAACGAGGUUUCCUUCACGCCGACCUGGGCGAUCCAGAGGAAAUUCCCGAAUCUCAUACGCAACACGGUACUGGACGACGGCGGCCACUUCUUAGCAUUAGAACUGCCCCAGCUCUUUUCUGAUGAUGUCAUCAAGGCUAUUGGAGAGUUCAGAGCAUGGCAUAAGAAUAAUAGAACUGAGUUGUAGUUACAUUGGUUUAAAGCAGUUCUUCAUUGGUACAAAGGGGUUUGAAUAUUUUAGUAUGGAGCCUGACUUCAUUACUGACCGCAAUUAAUUUUUUUUUUAUAU